AUGUCUGUUCGUUUUGCUGAACCCGAAAUAAUCGAUGAAGGUGAAGAAGAUGAAGAAACGGUAACUCGUUCAUUCUAUGAUUUCGGUCUUGAUAAUCGUCUCUUAAAAGCAAUAGCUGAUUUACAAUGGCCUGCACCAACACCUAUUCAAGCUGAAACAAUUCCAUAUGCAUUAUCUGGUAAAGAUCUUCUUGUUAAAGCUCGUACUGGUAGUGGUAAAACUGGUGUUUAUGCCAUCGCAGCUAUUCAACAUCUAUUAUCAAAACAACAAACAACUACUUCAAAUGUUCGUAUAUUAAUUCUAUCACCAACAAAAGAAUUAUGUCAUCAAAUAUCAUCUGUUUUUCUAAAAUUAACAAGUUAUUGUCGUCGUGAAAUAAAUCUAUAUGAUUUAUCAAAUUCAUUAUCAACACAAAUACAAAAACAAUCAUUAAUAUCAAAUAGUAAUUCAUUACCUGAAAUUAUUAUAUCAACACCAACAAAAUUAUUAGAACAUUUAAAAGAUAGUACAUCACCAUUAAAUUUAAAUACAUUAGAAUUAUUUAUACUUGAUGAAGCUGAUAUACUUUAUUCACUUGGUUAUGCAAAUGAUAUGAAAAAAAUAUCGAAAUAUUUACCAUCAAAAUCGAAAUCAUAUCAAUGUUUUUUAAUAUCAGCAACACUUAAUGAUGAUCUUCUUCAAUUAAAACAAUUAUUUCUUCAUAAUCCAGUUAAAAUUAAUCAAAGUGAUGAUUAUUCAACAAUAUUACCUGAUAAUAAACAAUUAUUACAAUAUUAUAUCUAUUGUGAACUAGAUCAAAAAUUUGUUUUAGUUGUAACUAUAUUUAAAUUACAAUUAUUAGUUGGUCGAACAAUUUUAUUUGUUAAUUCAGUUGAACAAGCAUAUCGAUUAAAAUUAUUAAUGGAACAAUUUCAUAUAAAAACGUGUUUAUUAAAUAGUGAAUUACCUAUGGAUUCACGUUUACAUAUUGUUCAACAAUAUAAUGAUGGAUUAUAUGAUGUAAUGAUUGCAACAGAUGCACCUAAUGUUGUACCAAUUGAAGAAGGAGAAGUCGAAGGAGACGGAGAAAAAACAGUAGUUGAAGAAGAAUCAAAGAAAAAGAAAAAAAAGAAGAAAGAAGAGGUUAGUCGAAAAGGUGAUAAAGAAUAUGGUGUAUCACGUGGUAUUGAUUUCUAUCGUGUUGCUAAUAUUAUCAAUUUUGAUUUUCCGAUGGAUUUCGAUUCAUAUGUUCAUCGUGUUGGACGAACUGCUCGUGUCGAUCAGAAAGGUUUGGCACUUUCAUUAAUAUCUCAAAAAGAAAUGCCGUAUUUUGAAAAUGUUCGUGCUGAACUUGAAAAUGAAUAUGGUGAAGAUAUGUUUCAUCUUUAUCGUUUUAAAUCUGAACAAGUUGAUGGUUUCCGUUAUCGUGCAUUGGAUGCAUUACGUGGAAUAACACGUAUAUCAAUUCGUGAAGCACGUUUAAAAGAAAUCAAAUCGGAAAUAUUCAAUUCAAAAAAAUUAAAAACAUAUUUUAAUGAUAAUAAAAAAGAAUUACAAUUACUUCGACAUGAUUCAGCAUUACAUAUUGUUAAAGUUAAAGAUCAUUUAAAACAUGUACCAGAUUAUCUUGUUCCAAAUUCAUUAAAAAAAACAUCAUCAACAACAACAACAACAACAACAUCCGAUCAACAAUCAUCAACAAAUUAUAAAAGAAAAUCUGAUACCAUGCAUACAAAUGUAAAACGAAUGAAACGAAAUAAUCCUUUGACAAAUUCAUUAAAUGCUGUUACUGCUUUGAAAAAAGAAAUAGCACGAAAAAAAACUUAA